AUGCCGCAUUCACGACAGGACAGCGCUUCUUAUGGGCUCCUCGGCCAUCGCAACAGCCACGAGGAUGACAAUUUCCCAGACAAUGGCCCGAGUCGCGAGGAGUCUCCUCAUUCUGAUUCCGAACGACCCGACAACCAUCACGAUGGCGCCCAGGACCAGAAUGAAUCGUCUCGCGCCGGCCGCGUGCGGUUUCAAUCAUUCAGCAACAACAAUACCCAUGAUACACUGAGUCCGAUCGCUCGACCGCCCAUGUCACGAUUCAAUUCCGACCAGUCCGUACAGUCUAUUGGAUCCAUUCUGCCCACAGCUGCCCGGUCGACAGACAUCUCGGAUGCCUUUCGCUCCAAUCCAUUUGACUCUGAGCCCGCCGAGGAGGCACGGGAGCCCCAGCCUCGGUCAUCAUUCCCGUCGGAUACGUCGGAUGAGUCCGAAUUGAAGAGAGAGAAGGAUAAUCAGGAGCAUAUGACGGCUAAAGAGCGAUGGCAUGCGGCCGGUAAUCUGAUUCGCCAGAAAACGAUGAAGCUCGGCGAAAGGCUGGGUCGACCUCUUGACGAAGGUGACCCGUUGGGUGCUUCCUUGUUGCCGGAUGACCUUGAGGGCGGCAUGUCGCAGCGCGACAUGUCGGAGAAAACGCGACACGUCAUCGAUAUGCCCAGUGGCAGUGAGACGCCGCCGGCCCCCAGUGCAGAGGCUCACCGUCUCGUUCGCCGCAUGACGCAGGGUCAGAUGCGCCGACGACGCCCUCGAUCGGCCUACAUGCGGUCAGGUCAGAGCACGCCGGAAGGUCUCGGUCGUCCCGAUUCGUGGUACGGCUCUCGGCCGCGGUCGAUCAGCGGCGGGGGUAUUCUGUCGCAGCUGCUGAAGUUGCAGGCCGGCGGGAGCAAAGACAGCCUGUCGGUGACUGAUUCUUCGGAUAGCGAAUCGCAGGUCUCCUCGGGAGCUGCGACGCCGAAGCGGGAGAAGUUGAAAUGGUACAAGAAAUCGCAUCAUCAAUCGACCGCGUCCCUGGUGGAAGCGUCGAUGAACCUGAGUCGGGCAAGUUUACCCGCCGCGACAGAUGCCAUGUCGGCUGCGACGCCGAAACGGGGCAAGAAGAAGGCGCAUCAUAAGACGCGCUUGGAGGAUGAGAUUCGCGUCACGGUGCAUAUCGCUGAGAUUCUGGCGCGACAGCGAUACAUUAUGCAGCUUUGUCGCGCCCUCAUGCGAUAUGGUGCCCCCACCCACCGCUUGGAGGAGUAUAUGCAGAUGACGGCGCGAGUGUUGGAGGUGGACGGGCAGUUCUUGUACCUGCCCGGAUGUAUGAUCAUGUCGUUCGACGAUCCCACCACGCGCACGGCCGAGGUCAAACUCGUGCGUAUGGUGCAAGGCGUGGAUCUCGGUCGACUCGCCGAAACGCACAAUGUUUACAAAAACGUGGUUCACGAUUUGAUCGGAGUGGAGGAGGCAAUCCAGGAACUGGGUCAUAUUAUGAAACGGCCGCCGCGGUUUAACAAGUGGCUCAUGAUUCCGGCAUACGGGUUGGCCAGUACUGCCGUCGGCCCCUUCGCUUUUGAUGCGCGGCCGAUCGACAUGCCUAUUUGCUUUUUCCUCGGAUCCCUGGUCGGCCUUAUGCAGCAUGUCUUGGCUCCUCGGUCGGUGUUGUAUUCUAACGUGUUCGAGGUCACGGCGGCCGUGCUGACCUCGUUCCUGGCUCGGGCUUUCGGUUCGAUCAAGUCGCCAUGGAACGGCGAAGAGCAGCUGUUUUGCUUUUCGGCCUUGGCGCAGUCGUCGAUCGCACUGAUCCUGCCGGGAUUCAUGGUGUUGUGCAGUAGUCUGGAGCUGCAGUCGCAUCAGAUGAUCGCGGGGUCGAUCCGAAUGGUUUACGCGAUUAUUUACUCGCUGUUCUUGGGCUAUGGCAUCACGGUGGGCACAACUAUCUAUGGGCUUAUAGACGGAGCGGCGACGUCGGAAAAGACCUGCAAGCGCCUGGACGUGUACGGCAGUACGUACGUGCAGCAUUUCAUCUUCAUCCCGGUCUUUGUGAUUUUCAUCGCCAUCAUCAACCAAGCCAAGUGGAAGCAAAUGCCGGUGAUGAUCGUGAUCGCCAUCUGCGGCUACGUCACCAAUUUCUUCAGUACGACGCGGCUCGGCUCUCGGUCCGAGGUGGCCAACACCGUCGGCGCCUUUACGAUUGGAUUGCUCGGGAAUCUGUACAGUCGGCUGUGGCACGGACAUGCGGCCACGGCCAUUCUUCCGGGCAUUUUCGUGCUGGUGCCGUCGGGCCUGGCGUCUAGUGGUUCGUUGAUCGCUGGCAUCAACUAUGCUGAUCAGGUGCGCGAGAACCUCAGCAAGGGCAACGGGUCGGCGGUGGACGAGACUAGCCAGGACACGUCGAUUGCCAGUCUAGGCUUUGGAAUGAUCCAGGUGGCGAUUGGCAUUACGGUCGGAUUGUUUAUUUCUGCGUUGAUCGUGUACCCGUUUGGGAAACGACGCAGUGGAUUGUUCAGCUUUUAG